CAGGCCCAGACAUGCUGCUGCUGCUGCUGCUGGUGCUGCUGCCCCUGCUGUGGGCCGGGUCCCCGCAGAAGGGUCCAGAGUACCAGCUGCAGAUGCAGGACUCGGUGACGGUGCAGGCGGGCCUGUGCGUGCACGUGCCCUGCAAGGUGUCCUACCCCCGGGAGGGCUGGAACGACUCUACCCCAGCAUACGGCUACUGGUACAAGAAAGGGGAUGCUGUCAGAGGAGAUGUCCUCGUGGCCACAAACAACAACCAAACCACGAAAAUAACAAGGAAGGGGAAAUCUCCCUCUCCGUUCUACCUCUCCGGGGACCCGGGGGCCGGCAACUGCUCCCUGAGCAUCUCAGGUGCGGGGCCCAGACACAGUGGAAAGUAUUACUUCCACCUGGAGAGGGGCCGUGUGAACCAUACCUACAAACUGCUCACCGUGAACGUGACAGCGCUGACCCAGACCCCGGACAUCCAGGUCAAGAAGCCCCUGGAGGCCGGCCGCCCGGGCCACCUGGUGUGCUCCCUGCCUGGGGCCUGUGCCCAGCUGCAGCCCGGCACCGUCUCCUGGAUUGGUGCUGCCCUCAGAACCCGGUUGCUGGGCUCGGCGGCCUCUAAGUCCUCGAAUAUCGUGCUCAUGCCCCGCCCACAGGACCACGGCACCAACCUCACCUGCCGGGUCACCUUCCCCAAGGCUGAUGUGAGCAGCGAGAAGACCAUCACGCUCAACGUGUCCUAUGCACCACAGAACCUGGCCAUCAGCGUCUCCCGAGGAAGCCACACAGAGCUGGAACACGUGGGGAACGGCUCGGCUCUCCCUGUCAGGGAAGGGGACUCGCUCCGCCUGCUCUGUGUCGCCGACAGCAACCCGCCCGCCACGCUGAGCUGGGCCCAGGGCAGCCGGCCCCUGAGCCCCUCACAGGCCCGCGAGCCCGGGGUCCUGGAGCUGCCCCGGGUGGAGGCGGGGCACGAAGGCAAAUUCACCUGCCGAGCUCAGCACCCGCGGGGCUCCCUGCGCGCCUCCCUGCGUCUCCGUGUGCAGAACCCCCCGCAGCUGCUGGGACCCUCCUGCUCCUGGGAGGACCAGGGUCUGCACUGCAGCUGCUCCUCCAGGGCCCAGCCGGCCCCCUCCCUGCGCUGGCGUCUGGGGGCGGGGCUGCUGGAGGGGAACCAUGGCAACGCCUCCCACGCUGUCACCUCCAGCUCAGCGGGGCCCUGGACCAACAGCUCCCUGAGCCUCCCCGCGGGGCUCAGCCCUGACCUCAGACUCAGCUGCGAGGCCCGGAAUGUGCACGGGGCCCAGAGCGCCUCUGUCCUGCUGCUGCCAGGUCAGGGCCUGCUGGGGGCAGAGGCCACGGAGAAGGGAGUGGGGAAGCCCGCGCUUAGGGAAGCCUUCGUCCUGGGGGCUGUCGCGGGAGCUGGUGUCGUUGGGCUGCUCAGCCUCUGCCUCAUCGUCUUCAUAGUGAAGACCUGCAGGAGGGACGCACCCCGGGCUGCAGCUGGUGAGAAGGAUGCCCCCUCCACGCGGGGUCCCGGCUCCUUGGGUUACCAGCGUGGGUGUCUGCCAGGGCAGUCUGGGUCGGAGCAAAUUGGACGCCGCCCGCCCCCAGCUGCGUCCCCCGCGGCCGCCGCCCCCACCCCGGGGGAGGAGCUGGAGCUCUAUUACGCCACCCUCAGCUUCCAGGGUCGGAGGCUGGGGGAACCUCCCGACCAGGAGGCCACCAGCACCGAGUAUGCAGAGAUCAAGAUCCGCACAUAACGGCCCCCCAGCUCCGGCGACCUCUGGCUGGAGGGCCCAGGGCCGCUCUGGGAGGGGAGACAUCAGGGACAAUUCCCAAGAAUUAGCUGACGACAUGGGUGUUCCACUGGUGCCGUGAUGGGCAGAACUGGCCUCAAAUUUCAGCCAGCCUCCAACUACGAGCAUGAGUCUGAGCAAGUCACUCUACUUCUCAGUCUCCCCUCUGAAACACAGACACAGUAACCCUAACUGGACCCUGGCCGAUGUGGCUCAGUGGUUGAGCGUCCACCUAUGGACCAGGAGGUCACGGUUCGAUUCCCCGUCAGGGCAUAUGCCAGCGGUUGUGAGCUCCAUCCCCAGUGUGGGGUGUGCAGGAGGCACACCUAACAGAUCGGCUGCCUCCUGCAUAGAUCGGCUGCCUCCUGCACGCCCCCACUGGGAAUCAAGCCAGCAACAGAGGGAUGUGUCCUGACUG